AUGUCAAGCCAUACUUCGCCGCCGAAGCUCAUCUCCUCGGUGGAAGAUCUCAAGAAAUUCCUCUCCUCAAUUUCCUCCUUCAACAGUCUGUAUAUCGACCUGGAAGGAAUCAACCUUUGCCGACAUGGGACCAUCUCCCUCAUUACCAUCCUCGUCUAUCCAGAGAACGUGGUACGCCUUGUUGACGUCGCCGUACUUGGUAAUCAGGCCUUUACCGUGACUUCGGACAGCGGCAAAACCCUCAAGUCCAUCCUCGAGGACCCAAACAUCCCCAAAUUCCUGUGGGACGUGCGAAACGACGCCGAUGCCCUUUGGGCUUUGUACCGCGUCGGCCUCGCCGGGGUGACCGACGUCCAACUGCUCGAGAAUGCAACGCGAUUCGGCGAUAAGACGUAUCUGCGCGGCCUGGCGAGAAGUAUCCAAUAUGAUUGCAACCUUGGGCUUCUGGAGCGGAAUCGCUGGCUUAGUACCAAGGAAGAAACAACCAAGCUGAUGUCCACCGGGGUAUUUGCAACCCGUCCGCUGGAUGGCAAGACCAUUGACUAUUGCGUCAACGACGUCAUUCAUCUUCCCGAGUUGCGGGACACCUACAUGCAGCGCAUCAACAAGGAGUGGCUUGGCAAGGUCAAGAAGGAGAGUGCGGCCCGCGUGGUGGAGGCUCAUCGUUCCGACUACGAUCCGCUGUCGCCUACGAAGAAGUUCGGACCUUGGGGCCGCUCUGGUGUGACGCGACAGUCUGGAUUUUUUCGAUGA